GUUAUGCCAUACCCAUGUUCUGUCAUCGGAUAGGAGAGGGGAUUGUGGAGUGGAGUUAGGACUGUCGACUUAGCAUUCUUUAGAUUUAUUUGCUAAGAUUUUGUAAUGUUAUAAUAAAAUGAUAAUUUGUCAAUAUAUGCUGUGACAUCUAUUAUAUGAACUGGUAUUAUCAUGACAUCGAGAAGUAAAAAUUCGGUGAGAACCUACGAGACCGAUAUUGAAAAGAGUCGCGAGGAGUCUAAUUGGAAGAAGGCUGUGGAGCUAGCUCAACAACUCAAGGCCAGGUCACCACAGCACGAGAGCCUUGCACACUUCUUGAUUGGGGAAGGAAAGUUAGAAGUCUAUCUAGAAGAAUGGCCUCCUAUCAAGGACAAUACAGAACGUGCUCAAAGAGAGUUGUCUGAGCCUAAAGGAUACUUGACACUGGCUACAGACGAAGCUGGAAAGAAAGCAGGAGUUGCAUUAGAUGCUCAUUUGUUGCUUGGCAAGCUUCACUUUGCAUGUGGAUCAUAUGAUGAUGCAUUAAAACACUAUAAGUUUGCAGAAUUAAACACUUUGACUGAGAAAGAAUUGCCUGUUCGAAGUCUUCGCAUCGUAGCUGAGUCUUAUGCUAUUAAAGGGCUAUGCUUGGAGCAGAGCGUGUUACCGUCGUCUACCAGCAAGUUUAAACAAGCCGAAUGGGAGGCAGAGAUGAUUCGUAGCUUCGAACUCGCGUCCGAGUUGACGCUGCUGUACCUGCAGAGGGCGUCGGCCGCUCGCGCGGGAGCCACUCUCGAGACUGCCCUCCAGAGGGCGCCCCUCUUGCACAUUCGGGCCGGAAGACUCACCGCCGCCGUCGACAGGUAUCGGGAAAUGCUGACGGCGGUGGAGUCCGUGGCCACGCAGGCCUUACGUUUGACGUUGGCCCGACAGCUGGCCGAGGUGCUCAUGAGAGGCGUCACGGGACAGGUCUACAAAGCGCCGCGAGGCGUGUCGCCGCCGAUCGGCGGAACUCUGGGCCGGCGCAGAGAGGAACAAGUCUCGGACGGACCUUGGAAACCCAAGAAGUAUGCCGCCAUCAACCAGUUCGUGCCCCGCAACGUGCACGAGGAGGUGGUGCUGUCGCUGGUGGUGGGGGAGGCCAUGGCCGUGAGGGACGCCGUCCUCUCGCAGAGCGCGGAGUUCGAGGCCGCCCGAGCCCACUCCCUGCACAACGCCGUGGCGCUCGUCGACCUCCUGGCAGUCGCCGUCACGCGUUGGGGACAGCUGCCGCUGCUGCUGGAGUCGUUGGAGCGCGCGAUGAAGUUCUCGUUCGGGUGCGGCCACAUCUGGCGGCAGCGAGCGCUCGCCACGGCCGCCGCGUCCGGGCGCGAGCCCGGCCCGGCGCUGCCGGCUCGUCCGCCGCCGAAGCAAGGUAGUCCGUCGUGGAACGCGCACGUGCGGGCCGUGAGCGUCGCCCGUCGCGCGGCGCCUCUGGUGCCUCACGACGCGCCUCUGAGGCUGGUGGCCGCCGUCACCGCCUUCGGGGCGGGAUGGAUAGAGGAGGGCAUCGAGCUGGCCGAGCAGGCGCUGAGCGCGGCGCGGGCCCGCCCCGACACCCCGGCCCCGCGGCUGGCGCGCUGCUACCUGCACUGCGCCAUCGGGCACCAGAUGAAGGCGCAGAAAACGAACAGUCGCAUCGAAAAAGACGCGGAGAACGAGGUGUGCCUGAAGUACCUGGUCCAGAGCGUGCGGCUCGACGACAACGACCACCUCGCCUUCUACCACCUCGCCCUGCAGUACGUGCACCAGGGCAUGCUCAACGAGGCCAUGGACGCCACCCGCGCCUGUCUCUCGUGCCGCGCCGAGUGCGGCGGCGGCCUGCGCCUGGCGGCGUCGCUGUGGUCCUGCGCGGCGGCCGGCCCCAGGGGUUCCAGGGCCCUGCACGCCGCUCGCCUGGCCAGGCACCACUACCCCACGGCCGAGUGGCCCCUCUGGACCCUGGCCGCUCUGCAGCUGCUCUGGGAGGGAGGCGAGGCGGCGUUGGCCACGGGCAAAGAGCUGCUGCGGCUGCUCAACAGUGCCGAAGAGGCCGACGGGGAGCAGCAGUACGCGGAACUGGACGCGCUCUCGGACUCGAUCCGGGACGACCGGCACAGCGUGAGGGACGCCGCGUCGGUGCGAGCGGAGUCGGCGGGCGCGUACCGCGUGGAGCGGGCGCUGUCCGAGAACGCGUCCACGCUGUCGCAACGAGCGCGUUCGCCCCUCGCGGACCAUCGCGCCCACGCCUGGCUGCUGCUGGCCGAUCUCUGUCUGAGGUUGGGUCGGACGAGUGCGGCGGCGGGAUGCGUGUCGGAGGCCGCCGCCCUGACGCCCUUCAGCCAUCUCGUGUUGUACACGCGUGGGCGCGUGCACAGCGCGUGCGGGGAGUGGGAGGAAGCGCGCCAGUGCUACCAGAACGCGCUCGCCAUUCAUCCCACGCACGUGGACACCAUGCUGCAGCUCGGCGGGGCCUACUACUCCCUGGGUUGGCUGCGCCUGGCCGAGCGGACGCUGCGCGAGGCGGGCGCGCUGGAGCCCGGGCGGGCGGACACGUGGCGCAGACUGGCGCUAGUGCUGGGCGCCCUCGGCGAGCCGGCCGCGGCCGCCGACGCCGCCGCCGCCGCCCUGGCGCUUCACCCGCUCACGCCGCUCUGUCCCGACCUCUGACACGGACUCGUCGCGUGAAGAACGGGAUCUGCCGAAAUCGCGGAGUGACGUGAACUGUUCUGUUAAGGGAAAGUCGGGUGAAACUCGCGUUGUAUCCACAACGACACUAGGGUUAAGGCAAAAGUAAUUACGGUCCGCCAUUUUCUUUUAACUCCGCAAUCUAAGUCAUGCCGUAACUUUAUUAUGUUCAAACAAUAACUUUGCAGAUUAUUACACCAUUUUAAUAUGACUUGUGUUCGAUCAGUUGUCGAUGGACGCCAAUAAGGGUCCUAAAAUAAUAAAAAAAACAUCACAGAUGCCGUUGUCCAGCAGUUCAGAGACACCGUAAACAAUAGCGACAUAUGUCCCGCAUAAACGACAGGACGAUCACAGAUCGUUUUUAUUAAAUUAAUAGAUUCCUGUAAUAUCAUGAAGCACAAAUGCGUGCGACAUUUUUGCGAUUUCUAACAGAGCUUUACUCGUUAGUAGUUUAAUAAAAACUCCAUUCGGUCUUCCUAAAUUCGUUCGGUGUAUUAGUACAUCGUUGAAAAAAAAGCGAAAAAAAAAAAUACGGCUCUUUUACAGCCAUUUUCGUGUAUGUUGUAGAUUUUAAAAACCUAUUUAAAGGAAUCGGAGAAUGUAAGAUAUUGGAAAGUUACAAUUUCAAAACUUGUCAUACGAUUUUGAAAUAGUGACGAGCAUUCGACUCGAAGGUAGAUUGUGACUACAUCUCUGGUGGGAGAUUGUUCUGAGCGUGAAUGGUAAUGAUUUCGAUGCCUAGGAAUUGAUCUCACCUUAGCGCAUACAAACAUUAACGAAAGUCAUCUCGCAAUUUUAACGUAUACGUCAUUUCACUUUGCUAUUAUUGUCCACAAUUACCAAAAAUACGCUAAUCGGAUAACGAUAACGUGAUGAAUUUUAACCUGAAUAUUCGUGUGUCUUAUCUUUUGUAAAUAUUUAUCACAUUUUGGAAUUUAUAAAUAUUUUAUUAACUCUACCGUUUCGGUAAGUCUAAGUGAUAGUUCUAUUGUGCUGUUUCUAAGACUUGUAUCCGUUCACAAGUAAAUGAAAAUGAUAAUAUUCGAGUGUGUGAUGUGUUUCUUGCUUUGCAUUUCUUCACUGUUCUAAGCUAAUUUUAACUUGAACAUUAUUUCCCUUACAAAAGUCACUCUCUAAACGCACUCUUACUAGAACUUAUGUAUUUUACGAAUGUUAGCUUGCUACGAUGACAUAGUAUCGUUUCGGAUGUUUAGAUUUCGUCACAUGUUUACAUUUUUAGAUAAUUGCCAAAGCUUCUUGCUGAUUGAUUUUUGACAUUAAGACAAGAUAGUCGUAGUAGAUGUAUUAUUUGAACUAACUUAAUUAAUUAUUUAGUAAUGUUAGUAACUGUUACAUCUCUUAAAUUUCCCAUCUCAAUAUUUUGUCAAAAUAAUUGUUGUCUUGGUAACAUUUUAAGUGACUCUGGGAAUGGCGUAAUGUGACUGGAAUGGAUUACAACAAUGAUUGUGUAAACUAUUUGCCCUCUGUUCUGUUUUUGUGGUGGUGCUUUAUUUUAUAAUUUACUUUGGGUUUAUUUGCGGUAAGUUGCACACACGGACGUAGAAUUUAGACCAAGAAAGUUGAAAAUGAUAAAGGUACGCAUAGCUGCCUCUGUUGUAACUUUGUAAUCCUAAAUUGUAAAUAUAUAUGAUAUAUAAAUAUGUUUAUAUACUGUUCUUACACGUUUAUGUAGUUGUUCGCAUUCGGUGUUGAUGUAUAUAUUAAAGUUUGGGAAAAUUGUAAUUAUUGCGUUACAUAA